GCUAGUAUGUUGUUGCAUUUCCCGUUUGACAUGCAAAAAGCUACCAUAGGAUACUAAAGGACCAGCGGGAAUCUCUCGCAACACUUUGACGACUUCCUUAUCUGUUCCUAAACCAUUGAAGAGUAUUCCUUGCUCGCGUAAUUCUUUGACCUCCUCAGAGCUUAUUACUAGCGAUUUCAUAAAGUUGACGUAAUUUGUUAUCUGAUGGGCAAUUGCCCUUGCCGACUUGUCAAUGCUCAUCUCAUAAGCUAUCAUGUUUGCAUACUUUACCAUGUAUAUGGUGUCGAUACGUAAAGGUGGAAGCUCGAGCUGCGCAAACAAGUUGUAAGAUUUGAACUUGAUUCCUGUGAGAGUGUGUAGGCUAGUUGGCUUACACAAAAUGCCUUUUGAUUUCAGGUCUCUAACUGACGUUGAUACCAUCAACUUUUCUUUGUUUUUUUGCAAAUUCUGGCGCAUCUGAAAGAUGCACGUUACAAUAAAAAGAUGGAAAAACUCCGGCGCAUCUAGCUCCAAGGUCAAAUUCUUCAGCAAGGCAAUGGAACCAUGCAGUCAUGCCGCCUGCUGCUGUUGCUCAUGGGAGGAAUUUCCCUCCUGAUUCAAGCUUCUAUGGUUAUGAUAUGAACCACUAUGAUAUGGUUACCGGCAAUAUCUCUACCUCUCUGGAGAUGGGGAAUUACGACAAUGAUCAGAAGUUCCCUUCCUCAACAUUUGCCUGGCAACUUGCAAUCUUGGAGGGUAGUCGAAGUAGCUACAAUCAAAGAUCUUCCCCUGCUUUUAGGGCUUCUUCAAGCUAUUUGCGCCAACUUCAAGCUAUUUGCGCCAUGGGCAUGUUGGUACUUCAGAUGACGCAUCACAGUUGUUUGCUGAAGGUUACUCCUCAAGACAUUCACGGCCAUUGUCUACUCUAGGACUGCGUAGUAGCGACCGAAAUGGGAGAACUAGGGUAUCUAGUGAUAGGUACAGAUCAUUGGCGGCUGGUGAUGCAGGUU